GCUUUUACACUGAUGAAUUUUAUUUAUUGAAAAGAAAAUAUAUAUGUAUUAAAAUAUAGUAUAGUUUCAAUAAAUGGUAAGUAAACUUUUCAGACAUUAUCAGAGAGUACUUUGUUAUUGAAAAAUAAUAAAAAUGGACGCGUCAAUUGAGACUGUCACAGGAAAAGUGAAACUUGACGAGCUUGGAAAGACAUUGACCCAUGAACAUUUAGCUCUUGAUUUUUGUACAUUUUAUGUACCACCACCGAGUCAGCUGACAAAUAUUUUUGAGCAUAAAAUACAACUGAAUAAUGUUGGUUUUAUCAAGCAAUAUCCAUACAGUAGUAAAUACAAUGUUAAUUUUUGUGAUGAUGAUACUUACAAAGCUGUCUUGGAAGAUGUUAAAAUAUAUAAAAAAUAUGGAGGUGGUACAAUUGUUGAAAAUUCAAAUUAUGGAUUGAAAAGAAAUAUUCCUUUUAUGAAAAAAAUAAGUGAAGAAACUGGUGUAAAUGUUAUCAUAGGAACAGGUCACUAUGUUGAUGCAACUCAGGAUAAAAUAAAUCACGAAAUGACUGAAGAAAAAAUGUAUGAUUUGAUGAUAACUGAGCUGACAAAAGGUUGUGUUGAUUAUCCAUCAGUUAAAGCUGGAUUCAUUGGUGAAGUAGGAAGCAGUUGGCCAAUAACAGAUUUUGAAAAAAAGGCAAUACGUGCAACAGCAAAAGUUCAACAGCAAUUAAAAUGUCCAGUGACUUUCCAUCCUGGUAGAAAUCCUCAAGCACCAUUCGAAAUAAUGAGAAUUUAUACUGAAGCUGGUGGAGAUGUUGAUAAAGCAAUCAUGUCACAUUUAGACAGAACAAUCGAUGAUAAAUGUCAACUUUUAGAAUUUGCUAAAUUAGGAUGUUAUACACAAUUUGAUUUAUUCGGUACAGAAUGUUCAUUUUAUCAGCUUGAUGAAAAAAUAAAUAUGCCAUCAGAUGCACAAAGACUUGAUAGAAUUAAUUGGAUUAAACAAGAUAAUGGAGUUGAUAAAAUUCUCAUGAGUCAUGAUAUUCAUACGAAACAUCGUUUGAUUGAAUAUGGAGGACAUGGUUAUUCACACAUUAUUACAAAUGUUUUACCAAGAAUGAGCUCAAAAGGUUUCGAUUUAAAUGAAAUUGAUAUGAUUACUACCAUCAAUCCAAGAACUUGGUUAACUUGGUAAUGAUUUAAUUAAAAAAAAAAAAAUGAUUUACCACUGUUUUACAUGAAAAAUAUAAAAGAAUAUAAUUUUUUAUCAAUUUUAUUUUGUUUUAUCUUGUUAUAUAGUGUAUUUUUUUGUUUUAAAUCAAACAAAAUAAAUAAAUAUCAUGUAAUUUCUAUAGACAUGUUAUAAUUUCUGGGAAAAUCGAUAAUUUUCUUUUUCGUUUUUUUGAUGGUUGUGCUUUUUAUUUAUCUUUUAUUGAUGACUUAAGAGCAUCGUCACCAUCAGUUUAACCCAGAUGACGAGGGUGAAUUAAAGAAGGGAGAAAAAAAUAAAAAAUAAUAUAUAAUGUGAGUAUCGUAUGGAGCAGGCGCGAAAAUAUUUUGCCCUCUGGCACACACACCUCAAUUGUAAAGUGAGAUCAGUUGCCCGUGGUUUUUCCAAGGGUAUACAGUACUUGAUGUUUGUAAUCGUGACCCAGUGUCAUCCCCAGGCUCCAAUACAACCAAUAUUCUAAAAUUUUAUUUAAAAAUAAGCCAGAUUAAUUAACAAGGUAACAGUGGAAAUUAAAAAAUAUUAUUAUUGUUAAAUGAUAAAUAAAUUAUCAAUUUUUUUCUUCAUUAUUUAUGGAACUUGAAGUGAUCAUAGUGAGAUUGUGGUUGUGCUAAAGGACGAGUAGAAAAAAAAAGGUUUGAGGAAGAAAAAGAUUAUAAAUAUAUAUAAAAUAAUAAUGUGUAUGUGUGUUGGGGUGCAGAGCCAAUUGUAAAAUCUUUCGGUGGAGGAAAAUAUUAAAAAUAAAAAAUAUUAAAACGAGGGUGAAUUGUUGGAAGGGAGGACACGCCUGACGAUGGAUUACUACGUCGACGCAGUUGAAUUUAACGUAUGAUUUUUGCACAGAUAUUUUAUCAAGGACAAAAGAAUCGAUUAUAACCGAUGAGGGUUUAUUCGCAUGAUGGAGGGAUCACGAGAAAGACUGAUAAAAUUACUGGACACAAGGCUGGAUGUCUCGUGGAGAACGAGUCGUUCACGUCAUCGUCAUGAUGAUAAAAUUUUAAGCCAAAACGAGUGAUUAUAGGAAAAUUUAAAAAUAGGAUAAUAAAUUAAUUAAAAAAAAAAUUUUAAUAUAUAAAAGUGACAUAAAAUAAAUAUUUAUUUAAUAAGCAAAUAAUAGUUAAAAAUUUUUUUGAGAGAAAAAAAAA